AUGAGUCCUCGAAAAAUAUUGCAAUGUAAUGAGUGUGGGUACACAACGGCCCGAAGAAGUAAUUUAACAGCACACAACCUGAGGAAGCAUUUGGGGCCAGAGAGUUAUCCCUAUGUUUGCAUCGCGUGUGACCUUAGAUGCCCUUCUCUUCAGGAUAUAAAUCGACAUCAGCUGGCAGCCCAUCCAGCACCAGACGUCAUUGAAGCCGGGAGGUUUACAGAGACCAUGGAAAUGGCCGACAUGGUUGUGUCUUGUACAGUGGAGAUAUGGUUUUGGUGUCUCCCAUCCAACCGCUUCACGGAAACUCCAGAUCUUCUCUACUCGCAGAAGAAGGCGUCCCUGACCCUUCUGAAUGAGUUCAGGUCCGGGGGCUUGACUCUUCAGGAGGCCACGGAGGCCAUCAUUGAGGAGAUCAUCCGCAAGAGAUUUCCUAGCAUGGACCAGGAGCUUUCAAGCUUUGCUAG